AUGACAGUAUGUCGGCAAUUAGAUGUGACACGGAAAACUUAUUUGAUUCGGUUUCUUUUUGAACCCAAAGCCAUCCUUUCUCAUCGACACGUGAUCGAUCUGAGUGUAUCGGCGUUCAGUACUAAGCAAACGGCUUCGCUCGAAGACAUAUCCUUAACCGGAGUUUCACUUACCAACGCUUCGUUUGCAGUUCGACAAUUUGUUGGUGCAAAUUUUACUGAGAGCAAUCUGCAAGGAGCCAACUUUCAAUACGCAUCUCUUCGGAAUGUGUCAUUUCGUAUGGCGAUCUUGAGAAAUACCAACUUUAAUGAUACAACGAUGUCGAAUAUCGAUUUUUCGGCAUAUUCGACAUUUGGCGCUUUUCUGCCUAAUAAAACUUUGGGAUUAAAUCGAAAUUUAUUACAAAAUAGAAAUGCCGAGAAGCAGCCAAAAUGUCUCGCUGCACAGAUUGACCCUAUAUAUCACAGUAAUUGGAAUGUUACUCCAUUUGACGGUGUUGGUAUUACUAAGAUUGAUCAAGCCGUUGCCGAUUUAGCAGUAAAUCGUUGGUUUCGGAUAUUGAAACAAGUUGAAAUGGACAGCGAACAUGUCCAUAUUGUUGGUAAUUAUUUUUGGAAUAGCCAAGUCAAUAUCAGUAUGACAUUAGAAGAAUUCAAUAGUGAAAAUCAAACAUUAAACAUCCAUCACUUCGUAUUACCUUACCAAGGAAGUUGA